AUGGGUAUUCAUACGGUAAAAUUCAUAGCGGAAAUACAAAAGAGACCAUGUCUCUGGAAUAAUAAUUUGGAAAAUUACAGCGGUAAUAAAUUAGCGAAGCAGCAAGCUUGGGAUGAAGUUGCACAGAUUAUGUUUGCAGACUGGUUAACUAUGGAUGCAACCAAUAAAACUGAAAAACUCAGACAGAUACAAAAGAAAUGGAAAGGCUUGCGUGAUUACUUCGCUAGAGCAAGAAAUAACGCACCAAAAAACAAAGAUGAAACGGACAGACGAAAGAGGCGCAAAGCCCCUUCUUUAAAAAUGCUUCAAUUUCUAAAUAUUACCAAACCCGAUGACGGUGUAAGACCUGAGCCAGAGUCCGAAGACAGCGACUCAUCGUAUUCGUCGAGGUCAAAAUCUGUAAAAAGUCAAGUCUUCAUCGAGACCGAACAACUCAUUACAGAAGUUCAAAAUAAGCCUUGUAUUUGGAAUUUUAGCGCUGUAGAUUACAAUGAAAAAGAUGCAAAGCAUCAGGCGUGGAUCGAAAUCGCAGUCGCUCUACACGAAGAUUUUUUAUCUCUGAGUGAAAGGAAUAAACGUGAAAUAGUUAGACACAUGCAGAAAAAAUGGAAGGGAUUACGCGACUAUUUCACUCGCCAAAAAGCUAAGGAACGAGCUACUAAAGGCGAACGUCCAUUAAGAAAACGAAAGGCACCUUUUUUAGCAAUGUUACAAUUUUUAGAUAUUCCCAAACCUGGCGAUGAUGAAUCUCAAGAUCAAGGCAAAUCAGGCAGUGUAACGGAGCUAAAUGAUAACACACUGCAUGAAGCUGAUUCUGAUGGAAGCCGUUCUUCAGUUACGUGGUCAAGGAAUCAAUCAUCUUUGUCCAAACAGUCAAAAAAUAUGCCUCGUAGUACUGUUAAAAAAAAAUCGCUUAUGCGUAAAAGAGAUCCUGAUAUGAACUUUCUGUUAAAUAUACUACCCGAUAUGAAGUCCAUGAACGCGAGACAAAAUUUCGAUUUCAGGUUUAAAGUUAUGAAAUUAAUAAAAAAUAUUAAAUAUAACAAACCUAACGAUUGCUACUACAGCAAUGCUUCUGGAUCAUCCACACAAGGGCAAGAAAUGCCCCAGUUCACGUGGCACACGACCAGCACAGACGCCAAGUCAGGUAAACCGCCAUUCCGUCAUCAGGUCAUAAUACACGAGUAUCCGACGAAUUCGGACGGUGUGAAUGUGCAAAGUCCUUUAUCUAAUGAAUCAGCUGGCUCUUCCGUCGAAGAUAUUAAAGCAAUACUGCAGGAGUCAUCGGACGAGCAAAGUGAUUAA